AUGGUGACAACCCUUAUACUUUACCUAAAACCAACAAUUGUCACCUACAGCAGCACGGGGGACCACAGCAGGCACGGUCCGGGGGUACCUACCCACACCAGGCACGGUCCGGGGUACCUACCCACAGCAGGCACGGUCCGGGGUACCACCCACAGCAGGCACGGUCCGGGGGCACCCCCACCACAGCAGGCACGGUCCGGGGUACCACCCACAGCAGGCACGGUCCGGGGCACCUACCCACAGCAGGCACGGUCCGGGCACCACCGCGCAGGCACGUACUCUACCCACACCAGGCACGGUCCGGGGUACCUACCCACAGCAGGCACGGUCCAGGGGUACCCACCCACAGCAGGCACGGUCCGGGGUACCUACCACAGCAGGUACGGUCCGGGGGUACCUACCCACACCAGGCACGGUCCGGGGUACCUACCCACAGCAGGUACGGUCCGGGGCACCACCCAGAGGCACGGUCCGGGGGCACACCCACAGCAGGCACGGUCCGGGGGCACCACCACAGCAGGCACGGUCCGGGGUACCUACUCACAGCAGGCACGGUCCGGGGCAACUUACCACACCAGGCACGGUCUGGGGUACCUACCUACAGCAGGCACGGUCCGGGGGUACCUACCACAGCAGGUGGCCGGUCCGGGGGUACCUACCUACAGCAGGUACGGUCCGGGGGUACCUACCUGCAGCAGGCACGGUCCGGGGUACCCACCUACAGCAGGCACGGUCCGGGGGUACCCACCACAGCAGGCACGGUCCGGGGCACCCACCACAGCAGGCACGGUCCGGGGUACCUACCACAGCAGGCACGGUCCGGGGUACCUACCCACAGCAGGCACGGUCCGGGGUACGCUACCCACAGCAGGCACGGUCCGGGGUACCUACCCACUGCAGCACGGUCCGGGGUACCACCCACACCAGGCACGGUCCGGGGUACCCACCACACCAGGUACGGUCCGGGGGUACCUACCACACCAGGCACGGUCCGGGGCACCUAACAGCAGGGUACGGUCCGGGCACCUACCCACAGCAGGCACGGUCCGGGGCACCUACCCACAGCAGACGGUCCGGGGCACCUACCCACACCAGAGGCACGGUCCGGGCACCACCACCAGGCACCGGUCCGGGGUACCUACCCACAGCAGGUACGGUCCAGGGCACCACCACACCAGGCACGGUCCGGGGCACCCACCCACACCAGGCACGGUCCGGGGGCGUACCCACCCACAGCAGGCACGGUCCGGGGUACCACCACAGCAGGCACGUCCAGGGCACCACCCACAGCAGGUACGGUCCAGGGCACCUACCCACAGCAGGCACGGUCCAGGGCACCCACCACAGCAGGCACGGUCCAGGGUACCCACCACAGCAGGCACGGGUCUGGGGUACCACCCACAGCAGGCAUGA